AUUCACUUGUCACACCAAGUCUUUUUACCUUGAGUCAGUUCGUCAGUAUUUGCACGUUGAGUAGCGUACAGCUAAGGGCGUAAAACGGUGAAGAAGUUUUGUAAGAGUGUUUAGAGUUGAGGUCUACUUUAAGCCGUAAUAGCUCUUACAAGUGGUGAGCCCGACAUGAUUCAUCGUUUGCCUCCAUUUUAGCUUGACGUGAUUUUAGUCCUUUUUCAUAUUGACCACCUUUUUCUGUAUGUAUUUUUCACAUAGAGUUACUAAUUUUUAUUCGUUUUUUUCGCACGUGUUUUUGUCGUAUUACCCCGUUAGUAUAUCCUUCUGUCCGCAAAAUGACUGACAACAGUGCUUCGCAAAUGGCUAUAACCUUGCAACUCCCCACUUUUUAGACACAUCGUCCUGUUGCUUGGUUCAACCAUGUAGAAGCUUUGUUCACUCUCAAACAUAUACACUCACAGGAAACGAAAGUAAACUGGGUAAUUGUGAGUCUCCCUGAAAAUGUCAUGGAAGAAGUUUCCGACGUCCUCAUGGAUUCGUCCCUUGACUUGUAUAAACUUGUAUAACGGCGGCCUGCUUAAAUCUUGGGCUACCAAAAUUUCCAUCCUACAUAUUGCAUCUAUUUCCUCGGAUUUAUUUUGUUUUAGUUAUUCAAUUAUGUAUCCAAGUCGCAUUACUUACUCUCGCGAUUAUUUAAUAUGUCUUCAACCCGUUGAUUUACGAGUAUAUAAUAACCUUAAGAAAAAGCAUCAUGGAGGUUGGCAGAGAUCAUUAAAGUGUACUCCAAUGCAUCAGAUGACUGUUCCUGUGAUUAUGAGCACAAAUUGCAGGUCAUUAUCGAACAAGAUUAACUACUUGCAUUCUCUAUUAUACUCAAAUGUAUAUUGUAAUACUGGUGUAAUCACUCUUCAAGAGACUUGGCUCCAUGAUUCAUAUGACGAUAAUUUAGUCUCCUUAAGUGGUUUCACAAUCUACAGACAAGACCGAUGCAGCUCAAAGAAGAAGAGAGGUGGUGGUGUUGCCACUUUUAUUAAUUCUCAGUGGUCUACUGCCAACAACAUCUGCUUCAAAUUCUCAAAUGACAAUAUUGACUGUAUAACUGUUAAAUGUCGACCUAAACACUUAUCUAAGUAUAGCUUCAUUUUUGUCACAAAUAUCUAUAUCACACCUUGUUGCAGUCCCUCAGAACUAUCUAUCUUCGCUGAUGAAUUCACUAUUUUUGCUGCUGCUUCGUUUGGUAACUCCUUAUCUAUAGUGACCGGCGACUUCAACUCCAGCGACUGCAGUUUUAUUACAUUGCUGGGCCAUGAAAAUGUUGUUAACUUCCCAACUCGACAAAAUACUUCACUUGAUUUAGUAUUCAUAAAUGAUUCUGGAAUAUACGAAGCUCGUAAAAGAGCCCCACUCUUCAAUUCUGAUCAUUGUAUUGUACGAGUCUUACCCAAAAUUUACGGAAAGUUACACAGUAAAGCCCUCUCAAACUUGUCUAAGAAAGUUGUUCACAGAUGCUACUCAAAUGAGAACGUACAUCAUCUUAGAAACAUGCUCAGUGACACAAGAUGGGAUUUGUUUAAUGAUGAUUCACUUGAUGACAAUAUCUCUAAUAUUACAUCCUAUCUGAAAUUCUGUUUUGAAAUCUGCUGUCCAAAAGAAACACUAUUCGUCAAAUUUGACCGUUUCGCCUCGCCUCAACUUAAAAAACUUCGUAGAGAGAAGGAAAAACUGUAUAAGAUGAAAGAUAAAAGUGGUGUAAAAAGAAUUAACUUCUUAAUUAAGUCUGAAAUGCAGAGGUUGAAUGUAAUAUAUAACCAGAAAUUCAUAUCCUGCAAAAAUCCUUCUAAUAUGUGGAAACUAUUUAAGGAAAUCACCGGUGGUAAGCAGAUAAACAUUAUUCCAUAUUCUUUUGAUGUAUGUACUCUUAACAAAUCUUUUAUUUACUCUCCCUCAAAUGCCAUGCUUCCCAGCAUCACUUGUGUUAAUAAUAACCCCUUUCCAGGUUUUAACACAAAUGAUGUUCAAAAGUGCCUCAAGUCUCUAAACCCUUCCCAGAGCUUAGGUCCCGAUUAUGUACCUAGUAUUAUCUUUAAAAAAUGUUCUGAUAUUCUGUGUCACCCUCUCACCGAUCUAUUUAACAAAUCUUUUUCCGAUAAUAUUGUGCCUGCCGUUUGGAAGGACAUUAAAGUUGUACCCAUACCUAAAUCAUCCACUGGAGCAUGUCUCAAAUUUAGAGCCAUUGCUAUUACCUCUCCUUUUUUGAAAACUAUGGAGAAAUUACUUUUACUUAGUCUUGUACCUUCGCUUAAAUCCUUUAAUGACCCUAAACAAUUUGCCUAUAAGCACAGUAGAAGCACUUUAGAUGCAGCUGCCGUCUUAUAUCAUAACAUUGCUUCCAGUCUAGACAAGGGGGCUAAAUUUGUUCGUUGCGCCUUCCUAGACUAUACAUCUGCUUUCGACUCGGUCCCUAGGGACAUCUUAUUAAAUAAACUUGCUGCUAGUCAAACAGAAUGUUGGGCUGUUAACUGGUUACAUUCCUAUUUCUCAGAUAGAAAGCAGUACACCGUAUAUAAAGGGAAGACUUCCACUUCAUUGCCUACUGAAGCUGGUGUCCCUCAAGGUGCUGUUCUUUCUCCUUUUCUUUUUUCUUUCUUCUUGCAUGACUUGCCUCACUCUGAUGAAAUAAACUUUGUGAAGUACACUGAUGAUUUAACGGUUUCAAUGGCUGUUAACUCCCAGCUAGAUUGUACUAAAAUAAAUAGCUUUCUAUCGGAAGUCAGCAAAUGGUCUGAGUCUAACGGUCUUAAACUGAAUCCUUCUAAGAUUAAAACUGUUGAUUUCAGCUUAAGAUGUAAACGACAGUUAAAAGAAAUCAUCGAUUCUCAUGACAGUUGUAAAAUUGACGACAAUGAUAUAGGAAUCAAAUCAGAAAUUAAGUAUCUUGGACUCAUUCUCUCUUCUGAUCUCUCCUGGUCUUCCCAUGUCUUAGCAAUCUCCAGUAAAAUAUUCCGCCUGACAUUUUACAUCAAGAAGUUAAGACACUCGGGUAUAACUCAACCAAACCCUCCUCUUACAGUUCAUAAACUCUUGCAUCCUACCUAUUCUUCUUUAUUGCUCACCCUUAUUCUUUCCUGGUUUGCUUAAAUAGGUCUAUGUCAAAAUUCGUAGAAUACUGAAGACGGUCAGGAGGGUGAGUGGUGUCCCAGUGGACCACAUAGUUAACGUCGUUGUCGAUAGGCACUUGUCUUCAUGCAAUAAAUUUGCUAGAGGGAUUUUAUGUGACUUGGAGCAUCCGCUUUACCCUCACUCAGCUUUCACCUUGCAUCUCCUCAGGUAGAACAAGAAGUAACUUCAGAAAACUGUAUGCUCGCACGUCUAAGUAUAAGAAGUCUAUGAUACCAUACUUGGCAUGUAUUUUAUGUGAUGAAAAUAGUGUCAGGCAAGAAUUAACUAACCUGUUUUCAUCUAACAAAUAAACAAUUUCCUCCAUCCAUCCUUAUAUACCUUCAAGUUUUACUUUUAUUACUUCUAUUAUAUUUAUGGUCCUGCUACUUCUCUGUUUUACUCUCAUAAUUGCAAACACCAACUUAUCUCCAUGACGGCAGUAAUCUUUGUUUUCCCCUCACAAUAUCAUGUAAAGAGAACAUUAUAUUCAAUGUUUUUAAACAUGUUAGGAUUUCUAUACCACAUUGCCAAUACUGUGUGACACAAGCCAACGGCAAUUUUCACCUGUAUUCUUAUUAUUAUUACCCUAACUGUUAUCAUCAUUAUUGCUAUUUCCAUUUUAUAUGCUGAAUGUUUUUAUAAUAAUAAUAUAUAUUUUCAUUUUUUAAAUGAGGGACGCCAGUUUACAGGCAUCAUCA